UUCCCCAGUAGUUGGUGUCUCUGCCCCUCCCACAAUGGGGAGAUUUUCCCCAGUAGUUGGUGUCUCUGCCCCUCCCACAAUGGGGAGAUUUUCCCCAGUAGUUGGUGUCUCUGCCCCUCCCACAAUGGGGAGAUUUUCCCCAGUAGUUGGUGUCUCUGCCCCUCCCACAAUGGGGAGAUUUUCCCCAGUAGUUGUUGGUGUCUCUGCCCCUCCCACAAUGGGGAGAUUUUCCCCAGUAGUUGGUGUCUCUGCCCCUCCCACAAUGGGGAGAUUUUCCCCAGUAGUUGGUGUCUCUGCCCCUCCCACAAUGGGGAGAUUUUCCCCAGUAGUUGGUGUCUCUGCCCCUCCCACAAUGGGGAGAUUCCCCCCAGUAGUUGGUGUCUCUGCCCCUCCCACAAUGGUGAGAUUCCCCCCAGUAGUUGGUGUCUCUGCCCCUCCCACAAUGGUGAGA